AUGGAUAAUCACAAGGUUCAAAUAUCUUACAAACCUUUAAGGUCGAAUUUGAUUAAUUUGCCUUCUAAUUUGACUAAUUUAUUAUUCAAUGCAAAUGUCAAUAUUCAAGAUGUCAUAAUAGAAUUGAUUCUGCAAUCAGGAGCCAAAAGCUAUACUGGAUGGUCUGGUAUGUCGUCAUCGAAAAUUCUGACAUUGGAAAUUGAUCCCAUAUUUGCCCAAUCGUUGAGUUUAAGUGAUAAACAUCAGGUUACGUUGAAUUUGAAAUUGAACAAUUUUGAAACCACUCAAAUUAACUUGGAGCCCGUUACUUCUUCGGACUGGGAACUAGUUGAACUACAUGCACAAAUCUUAGAAGAUAAGUUAUUAUCGCAAUCUCGGUGUGUUUCAUUGAAUCAGGUAUUGGUAGUCUAUCCUUCACAGACUACAUCUGCAAAGUUAAUAGUCACGGACAUUGGAACGAAAGAUCAUAAUUAUGCCAAGAUAUCGCCAAUGUGUGAAGUUGCAAUUGCUCCUAAGGUAAGGGUCAAGAAGGCAGAAUCGACCUCAGGCAAGUCUACAAAAUCUUCUAAAAGCAGCAGAGCCGAAGAUUAUUCUAAUUUACCGUCUGUCUUAAAAAGAGGUAUAUCCUUGCCACAUAAUAUUUUCUCUGAUCUACCAUCACAUUCUAAUCCUGAUGGAUACGAGAUUUAUGUCAAUUUCAACGAGGUAAUACAUUCUUUGAAUAAGGCUGAAUAUGUUGCGGUUUCCAUUGUUCCCGGUCCUAAUUCUAAACAGAACAUUGUUGGCAGUGGUAAUCAAAACCCGGAACAAAACCAAAAUCAAAAUCAAACCCUUACAAAGGAAAAUUCAAAGGAAAAAAUUUCUUCACCAUUAAAAGAAACUAAGCGAGUAAUUGCUAAGCUUGUUAAUUGCCCAAAAUGUCCAUCGAAUACUGUAGGACUUUCGGCCAAAUUGGCUGUUGCUUUGAAUGUAGAGUAUCAAGUCGGUUCUAUAGUUGUGUUGAAUCCAUCCGUCAAGCAUAUUUCCAAAAAGCCAUCAAGUUUCGUCAUACAUCCUUAUAUUCUCCAGACUAAAAAGACUGAUCAGAUCAAUUUAAAUUCCAUUGAGAAGAAGGAUAAAAAUACUAAAUUAUUGCAAGCAUUAACUACUUUAUUUUAUAACGAAGAAUCUCCAAUUAACAAUUCCCCAAUUACAAAUUAUAUAAAACUCCCAAUUGUGCCACAUUUACUUCCAAAUGGUGGUUUAUUAAAAUUCAAAAGGAAUGAUGAUGUUAAUGCCUGGAUUAAGCCGUUUACAUUUUCCGACGAGAAGAAACAAAUUAAAUUGGAAACGGGAGAAGAAUUGAUAAGAAAUCAAUCAUUCAUUCAAGAAAUUAAAUCUGAAUCAGAAGAAAAAGAUGAAGUAAUAGGUUUAGACAAUAUGAUUGAAGAGGCUUUAGAUUCCAUAACAAUUAAUAAGAACUCAGGAACAUUAAUAUAUGGUAAUUCAGGGAGUGGUAAAACACUGAUGCUAAAUUUAAUUGCUAGCAAGAUUAAUUCUGAUUAUGGUUAUCAUACCAAAUAUAUCUCUUGUGAAAAAAUAAUGAAUGAAAACUUCAAUCUGUUGUCUAAUAACCAUGCUAUGAAAUGGAUUCAGGAAUGUUCGUGGCAUAAGCCAUCUUUAUUGAUAUUGGACAAUUUAGAUAAGAUUUUGCCAGCGGAAAUGGAACAUGUUGACUCCGCAGUUUCAAAUCAACUAACUGAAUUUUUAAUCACAAGAUUGCAGAAAAUAUAUUCACAGCAUAACAGUAAUCUUUCGAUUUUAAUAUCAGCUACAUCAAAAGAAGCUUUAAAUAAACUCUUAUUUCAAUGCCACUUGCUCGAACAUUUUCAUCAUUUAAGUCCCCCAGACAAAAAUACGAGAUUGGAUAUCAUCAAUGGCUACAUUACCGACAAAUUAGGUUGCAAUAUACAAUUUGAUGUUAUGGAUAUGGUUUCCGAAACCGAAGGAUACUUGCCAAAUGAUUUAAAGAUUUUAUGUGAUAGGAUCUACCAUGAAUCCUUAUUCAGCCAGGCACAAAGUGCUAGCCAAAAUAAUUUGAAAAUAGCCAAGGAGCAUUUUGAAAAAGCCCUAAAGGGGUAUACACCAUCUAAUUUACGUGGUGUCAAGUUGCAAAAGUCUUCGAUCAGUUGGUCUGAUAUUGGUGGGUUGAAAGAUGCUAAAAAUAUUCUUCUCGAAACGUUGGAAUGGCCAACCAAAUAUGCGCCGAUUUUCGCAAAUUGUCCAUUAAGAUUAAGAUCAGGUAUAUUGUUGUAUGGUUAUCCUGGUUGUGGUAAAACAUUACUCGCUAGUGCCAUUGCUGGUCAAUGUGGUUUAAAUUUUAUUUCUAUUAAGGGUCCAGAAAUUUUGAACAAGUAUAUCGGUGCUUCUGAACAAUCUGUUAGAGAAUUAUUUGAAAGAGCACAAUCAGCAAAACCCUGUAUCUUGUUUUUCGAUGAAUUUGAUUCUAUUGCCCCAAAGAGAGGACACGAUUCUACUGGUGUCACUGAUAGAGUUGUCAAUCAAAUGUUGACCCAGAUGGAUGGUGCCGAAGGUUUGGAUGGUGUCUACGUUUUGGCUGCGACAAGUAGACCUGAUUUGAUCGAUUCCGCUUUAUUGAGACCUGGUAGAUUGGAUAAGAGUGUUAUCUGUGAUAUGCCAAGUUUUGAAGAUAGAUUGGAUAUUUUAGAAAGCAUAACAACUAAAAUGGACUUAAUGGAGGAUGUGAAUUUGAAGCAAAUUGCGGAGAAGACUGCUGGGUUCAGUGGUGCGGAUAUGCAAGGUUUAGGAUAUAAUGCUUAUUUAAAGGCUGUUCAUGUUAAACUAUCAAAUGAUGAACUUCAAGCAGUUAAAGGUGAAAAGCAUAAUACGAAAGACAAGAUAUCCUUUGACUUUUUCCAAGUCAAUUCAGAGAAACUAAAGAAUGCUAAAUUGAGACCUGCUGAUAGGGUUAAGAUUUUACAGCAGAUUGAACAACUUUUUAAUGAAGAAACUACUUCUUCUGAUACUAAUCGUAAGUCAGAAACUAUCGAUUCUGAAUCUCUGAAAGUCUUCAUCUCACAGAAGGAUUUAUUAGAUUCCCUAAAGGAAACAAAACCAUCAAUUUCCGUGAGUGAAAAAACGAAGCUCCAAAAAAUCUAUAACCAAUUUGUUUCCGGCAGAGACGGUAAUAUGCCUGAUGGAACACCUAAUAAUGAAGUUGGUGGAAGAACUACUCUUAUGUAA